ACAGGUUGGGUCAGAUCUAGGGCUGUCUCAUGUGAUGUGCCCCUCACCAAUCAUCUGCCAUCACUCUUGGGUGCUUUGGGCUCUUUUAAAGGGUGGCUGAGGGGGAACACGUUGAAUGCUGCGUAGGAGUGCUGAGCCUGAAACAGUGGAAGAAGCAGAGUGGAAAAUUGCAAGACAAGUUUAAAAUGGCAAAAGGUGAUACUGGGGUGAGAUGCUUCCAAGCCCUACUGAUCAUGGGGAAUGUUAUUUUGGGGUGUUGUGGCCUUGCACUGAUGGCGGAGUGCAUAUACUUCGUCUCAGAUCAACACUCAGUGUACCCAUUACUGGAAGCUACUGACAAUGAUGACAUCUUUGGAGCUGCCUGGAUUGGGAUCUUCACUGGUUUCUGUUUCUUCUGUCUUGCUGUCCUGGGCAUUGUUGGUGUCUUGAAGUCAAAUAGAACAAUGUUACUGGUGUAUAUCCUCCUGAUGAUGGUUGUCUUUGCCUUUGAAGUUGCCUCUAGCAUCACAGCUGUAGUGCAUCGAGACUUCCUCACACCCAACCUCUUCAUGAAGCAAAUGUUGGAGAAAUAUCAGAAUCCAAAUCCAGUCAACAAUGAUGACAGAUGGAAGAGUGAUGGUAUCACCAGGACAUGGAACCGUCUUAUGGUGCUGGAUAAUUGCUGUGGUGUGACUGGCCCAAGAGACUGGCAGAACUAUACCUCUGUUUUCAGGACAGUGAGCAAUGAUGCAGACUUUCCCUGGCCACGGCAGUGCUGUGUUAUAGAUGUCCUAGGAAAGCCAACCAACUUAGAUGGCUGCAAAUUGGGAGUGACUGGGUAUUACCAUGAAACAGGCUGCUAUGAUACCAUUUCUGGUCCAAUGAACAGACAUGCUUGGGGUGUUGCCUGGUAUGGAUUUGCCGUUCUUUGCUGGGCUACCUGGGUCCUUCUUUGUACGAUGUUCUACUGGAGCCGAAUUGAAUAUUAAUAUAAGCAGUGUCUGGUCUAUUUGUUGUCCAUGAAAGAUUUAUUUGCUUUUGGUAACGUGAUGGCUGUGUGAUGCAUUUUCCACUGGAUGUUCUGAAGAUCUCUCUUGAACCCUUCCUUCCCUUUUGCAAAGUAGUCCCCUUCUCAUUCGGCAUUUCAAACAGGCUUUGAUACCCACAAGCUGGAAAAUGAAUCAUCUACUCUGUGUGCAGAAAUAAUUGUCUCUGUGUUAAACACCAUUGGUUGAGUAUGCAAUGCCUAGAGGUAGCAAUGCAGGAAGACCCGACUCCAAAUACAUCAAUCAAUUUGAAGCCAAUUGUCUGGAGCAAGUAUGUUUCAAGAUGAAAUGCUCCAUCAAGUAUUACUGAAGUCAUUUCCCUUUUCUCUGUGACUGUGUGUUGUCCUUUAUUUCCACUGCAACGUAUGAACAGCUUCUAAAAGGAACCUAUCAUCAGUCGACAUGUGCAAGACAAGAAACAAUUUUAUUUACAUGACCCUAGAAAAUUUGACUCCAAAGAUUGUUAGUUGGUUUGUUGCACUGAUCAUUGAACUACAUUUGUGACACUAUUAAGGGCUACCUCUUUUUUGUUGAUCACCGAUAUCUAAGCAAAAUGGCAUAUAUCCUAUAGUACUUUGCCAAACCAGUCCAUGUAAUUCUUAUGAACCAUUGGUUUUGGAGGUUUUUCUUUUGUUUUUUUAAGCAACAGAACUUAGGAGAAUUGUAUUUGCAAAUCUAUUAAAAGAACUUAUUUUCAA